AUGAGACGUAAAAAAGGAAAGGUGUCUCCAGAGUGUUUAAAUAAAGUGGAGAAUGAAUAUUCCAGCCAGUUAAAAAGAUUUGUAACUGUGAUUUCGGGUAGACUAACAUACAGUGAGCUUCUUCAAUGGGCUACUUACAUGAAAUCAGAAGACAUUAACCUCAGAACUAAAGGGGAACAAACACUUUAUUCAAUUUGGACCGACAUUUUCCCUGAUGAUAGAACACCAGGAAUACAUAUGUGGGAUUAUGUAAAACGUGGAGUAGAGUUAUAUAAGAAUGUAGAAUUAAACGCGUUUGAUGAAAGCCUUGUGGAUUUCAUAAAUAUUUGUUAUGACAUUGAAAAGUUUCGAGAACAAUGGCAAGAUUCUUCUCAAGUUUUCUAUCCACUUUAUUAUCAACAAUUCUCGACGCCUAAUAAUUCUUCUGUCCGCCCUCAAUUUUCGAGUCAACCGAGUCAACCUUCAUCGUCCACAUCGUCCAUUCGUCCUUCUAGACGGGUUCAACCUAUUAGUCUGGGCAAGAGAAUUCAAGAUCUCACUUUACCGAAUACAAUAAUGCAGACUAAUUGUUCUGAACAGGAAAUAAAAUUUUUUGAAAAAAUUGCUGAUAAUAAAAUGGACAACUUUUGCCUUAACUUAUGGGUUAAAAAUGUGUUUAGUGCCGUUCCUAAAAUGCAACAUUAUGCUCAUGUAUAUUUAAUUUUGGCAUGGAAUGAAGAAUAUCCUACUUGCAUAGAUCAUAACGGAUAUGUACAUUUACUGAAUGGCAUGAAGCUUUAUGUUGAAAGAUUUCCAAAACCCUACAAUAUCAAUGUCAAAACUUUAAUAAAAAUAUUGCGUAAAUUGGAAAAGAAAAAAUGUGGGAUAUUUGAAAUUGAUUCUAAUAACGGCACUCAGCACAUGGAUGUGGACCUUGAAGGCAAGGAAAGUGAAAAUUCAAUUUUGCGAGAACUUUACGAUAACCCAUCAAUUGCCCAAUUUCAAGAUGUUCAUAGACUUUAUG